AUGAAAAAUCAAGUGCAAUUAGAGAAAAAAUUGUUUGAAAAGAGAGAAAUCUUCGAAAUUGGAAUUGUUGGUGAUAAAGAUGACGAGCAUGCUAUAUGAAGAUUUGAAUAUCAUCCCACAGGAUGACAGAAGCUACCGCAGUGAUGAUUCCGGUGGCGAAGUCUUCAGGAACAUUCCAAAGAACAGCAGCAUCUUUCGCGUCUGGAAGAUUGAAGGUUUGCGCGCAACAGCCGUAACCAGCAGCAACAUGGGGCUCUUCCUCUCCGAAUCGGCUUACAUCGUCUAUGCUGCAUCCGCGAAGGACGGGCCUCUCCCUUACCCAAGCAUGCCGAUCAAGGACCUGAAGGAUACCUCGGUAGUACGUGCCAUCCACUUCUGGAUUGGUGUCAACUGCGAUACAACAGUAUCCGGUGCCGCGGCUCUUCGCGCCGCCGAGCUGGACUCGCAAGCCUCGGCGAUGAUCCUGAUGCGGGAAGCGCAAGGCCGCGAGAGUCCCCGGUUCCUCAGCUACUUCCGACAGCGAUUGAUCAUCGAAAACUUGCACUUCGAAGAUCUGCCAGUCUGCACUCUGCAUCGAGUCUCCGGGGUGGCUGUGCCGAUCCUAACGGAGCUUAUGGGAGUCCGCUGGGAACAUUUUAGUUGUCGCGAUGUCAUCCUAGUGGACAUUCGCACAAAAGGUGUCAUCUUCCUGUGGUUAGGAUCUCUAUCAGAUCCGCUGCACAAACGUCAUGCUGCUAGUCUUCUAGAGUCCCGAAAAGAGAAUAAUAACGGCCGUGUAGUGGUGGUCGAGGACGGCUACGAGCAAACAUUGCCCGAAGAGGACAAACAACUCUUCAGCAGUGUGUUGGAUUCCUCGAUGAGGAUGGUAGCGCCUGAUCGUCAGCACCGCAUCAAUCCACCGAGUCCCAUCAAGUUGUACAAGUGCAGCGAGCAAUCAGGCAAGUACAAGGUCGCCGAACUGAAGUCCGGACCGAUCCUUUGCGGCGAUCUAACUUCCAAUUCCGUGUAUCUGGUGGACCGGGGCGAGGCAGGGGUUUGGGCCUGGGUAGGUCGCGAUGUCAACGCCAGGGAGAGACUGGAAGCUGUUAGAAACGCACGUGGUUUCGUCAAGAAGAAGAAUUACAGCGACGGCAUGCCGGUGGCCAGAGCAACAGAAGGUCAUGAACCGGCGGAAAUGAAGGCGUUAUUGAGAGGCUGGGAGCCUUCUAAAACUAGACCUCUGACUUUGCCGGUGAGUUUCGAAUCCGACUACAUGAAUGAAAGACCCAGAAUGGCGGCUGAGUGUCAACUAGUGGACGACGGGUCCGGCGAGAGGACUUUGUGGAGGGUUGAGCAGAAAGAGGGCAUGGUCCAAAUAGAGAACGACAGGGGAAUUUAUUAUGCUGAAACUUGUUACGUGAUGCUGUAUAAGUACGGCCAGGGACGAAGAUGUCGAAGUAUUAUUUAUUGUUGGGACGGUGUCCAUUCUAUCAAGGUAGAUCGUGACGCAGCGUUGACGGCAGCUUGUCAUUUGUCCGAAGAGACGAAUGCGCAGUUAGUGAAGGCAUCCCAAGGUAGAGAACCAUCUCAUCUAUUGCAGAUCUACGAUGGCAAGCUGAAGAUACUUGCUGGACGUCACCGCGAUUCGCCGCCAAAGAAAUAUCUGGUCAGAGUGUUCGGCUCGACGCCAUACACGUCAAAGGCAGUGGAACGUCCGAUGCGAGCGAGUAGUUUAGAUUCCAGCGCAGUGUUCAUCCUCUUCUCCAACAUACCAAUCGUCUGGUGUGGCAGCAAGAGCACAGGCGAUGCUCGACAGGCGUCACGACGUCUUGCACCCAGAAAUGCACCCCUCAUUAUUGAGGGUAAAGAGGGCGAUGACUUUUGGGUCGAACUUGGAGGAACAGGCACUUAUGGCACGGAAACUGAGGAAGUUGGUGAGGAACUGGACAAACACCUUUUUCAGUGCUGCACUGAAAAUGGUCUCUUUGUGGGCGAGGAAGUUCUCGGAUUUCGACAGAACUCUCUGAUACCAGAAGCCACCUGGUUGCUGGAUGCUGGUAGCGUGAUCUGGGUGUGGAUAGGCAAAUUUUCCGUUCCGAAGACAUUGCAAGAGUGUGUCGAGGACGCUACUAUAUAUCUUUACACACAUCCCGCAGGUCGAAAUCGCAAUACGACCAUUUCGGUGAUCAAGCAAGGUUUGGAACCGGCCACCUUUAUCGGGUUGUUCGAGAACUGGAAUCACAAUCUACUAAGGGAUUACAAACCGUUCGAGGUCUUCUGCGCCAUGCUAGAGGACAGAGAUCAAUCAACGAGAACGCAGAUGGCCUCGAAGGCUACCACGGAUUUCGAUAAUUACAUCAAGUAUCCGCCGGCAAUGCUGAAGAGCGAACCAGAUAAUCUGCCAGCUGGCGUCGAUGUCAGACGCAAAGAGAUGCACUUGACUUAUGACAAUUUUAUUGUAAUUUUCAAAAUGGAACCCGCGGAUUUCGAGAAAUUGCCCGCAUGGAAGAGGCAACGGCUCAAGCAGGCUGCUGGACUCUUCUAACAUUUAUAAAUAAUCGCUCCUCGUGUACAGGAUAUAAAAUUUAUAUUGAUUAUUACUUUUUCGAUCACAAGAUAAACUUGUAGGCAAUCUUUCUUAACAAAUUACUUUGUUACUUUACUCUACUUUGUAAGGAUGAUAAAUAUUUAUUAACCUGCUGGUAUCGCGGGGAUAUACAUAAGCCCACUUAAAAAAAGUUUAAGCAUUUUUUUUUUUUUUAUGAGAGUCAGCAUUUAGAAAUUGUAUUCUUUGUUUGCGCACACUCGGUAAUAUUUUUAUUACAAACAUUUAAAGAUUAGAUUUGAUAAUCAACACUUACUGUUUGAAAAAAGUUUACUAUAACUUAAGUUCAUAUAGAGUGCAAAAUCAAUUACGACGUGUCCAUCGCCUCGUGUUGAAUCGUGCGCACAGUUUCCUCCUCCACAAUGAUCGGCGUUAUUGUCUUUGUAAGCACCGCGGUGGUACCAGGCUUGUAACGAUAACUAAUUUGUCGCACACCCUUCACGCUGGCUCUGUCAUAUGGUCGCAGAUAUUCGACGCCAGCAUUGCGAAUGACGCAAAGAUCCACGUUGGAUCCUGAUGCUAAAUCGUUAAACACGCCAGCACGAAUUGCAUCCGCCACCAACUGCUUCGCCUCUUCCUCCUAAACAUGACAAUAAUUUUUUUAAUUCGACGA